AUGAUUGCGCAUGCUGCCACUGGUGCGCCAUCACAAGCCACUUUUGCUGUAGCUGAUGUUAAUCCAAAAGAUACAGUCUCAUGCAUGCAAGCUAUAGAUGCAAAAGGAAGGAAACUUCUCGCGGCUGGUUCUUGGGAUGGCUCUCUUAACGUUUAUGAAGUUAAUGAAAUCAAAGCCACAAAUAUAGUUUCUCAUGCAGAGUCAAACGUUGCUAUUAUGCGUCUUUGCUUUAAUGAAACGGGCGAAAUUAUAUAUUUUGCGACAUCGAGUGGUGAAAUCAGGUCAUUGACAAUAUCUUCAAAGCAAGUAGUCCCUCUUGGCAAUCAUAAAGAGCGUGUUGUCGGAAUUGGCUAUUACGCGGCCCAAAAAGUUGUUGUUGCUUGUUCUGCUGAUGGCUGUCUUCAAAUUUGGAAUGCCACAUCAAAACAAUCUAAGAAGGAAAUUAAGAUACAAGGCAAGCCAACAGCUAUGGCUUCUUAUGAAAAUUCAGUUUUCGUUGCUACAGACAAACAAAAGAUUUUCAAGGUAGAUCUUAACAAACCCGAUACUCAAGAGCACAUAGAUUCCAAAGAAAAGAGGCAAGGAUUAUACACAUGCUUGGCUAUUAAUCCUCAGCCAGGAAACAUUCAAGUUCUCGCAGGUUCUACAUACGGAGCUGUUGAAAUGAUCGUUGGACAUAAUAGUAAGAUAUUUGAAGCCCACAGAAAUGGAAAUCAAGCCUUUGCUGUAAAUGCUGUUGCAAUUACACAGAGAGGAUUCGGAAUUUCUGGUGGUACAGACGGAAAAUUAUGUUUCUACGUAUUUAACAGUGUUGCAAAAACUAAUAAUAACAUUGAUCUCGGAAAAGACGUUCAUGUUACAGCAUUAGCUUCAAUUGCAGAUGGAAUUGUUGCUUAUGCUGUUGGUAAUGAUUGGUCAAAGGGCGCUAUGGAUAAAACUCAGCAAGAAACGCAAAUUAUUAUAAGAAAAUACGCUGCCAAAGAGAUCAUGUAA